AUGCGCUUCAUCUCCGACGACAACGCCCCCGUCUCCCCCACCUCCACCGCCCACCUCCUUGUAAUCGCCGCCGGCCUCCCCCGCUGCGCGACCUCCAGCCUCCAACUCGCCUUCGAGAACCAUCUCGGGUUGGGACCCACCCACCACAUGGCGCGCGUAAUGCCGCACACGCACCUCUGCAAGGCCUGGCGGGCCGUCUACCUCGAGCCCUCGGCUCCUAAACGGCAGGCCCUGCUGCGGUCCCUCAUGGCAGGCUACACCAGCAGCACCGACGCGCCCUCCUGCGUCGUCGUCGACGAUCUGAUCGAUCUCUACCCCGACGCCAAGAUCGUGCUGAACGUGCGGCGCAGCCGGGAAGACUGGUUCCGCAGCAUGAGCCGCACGCUCGGCCCGCUGGCGAGCAGGAGCAUGUACUGGGCCAACUAUCUCGUGCCCUCGAUGUACUGGGCGCAGCGGCUCAUGGGCGAUGGGGUCGGGGCGCUGAUGCGGCGAAGGUAUGGGGAGAAGAUGGAGAAGGGCUUCUUCGCGGCCGAGAGCUACGAUCUGCAUAACGAGUGGGUGAGGGAAUUGGUGAGGGAGAAGGGCGUCCCGCUGCUGGAGUGGGAGGCGGGCAUGGGCUGGGAGCCGCUGUGUGAGUUCUUGGGGGUUGAGGUCCCGGAUGCGCCGUUUCCGAGGAGUAAUGAUGAGAAGACGAUGAAGUGGAUCGUUAGGAUUGUGUUUUUGAGGGGAGUGCUCACGUGGAUGCUGGCGCUUUCGCCGGUCGUGGCGGCGGGGUAUGCGGUUUACUUGAUGAGGAGGUGA